CAUCUUGAACCAUUCAACCUUCAGAGGAUCUCUUAUAUAGGUAACAGCUGGAGCAGCCCUGUGAAAUAGCCACGAUGCCUAAACAUGAAAAGCCAACCGUCAUUGAAGGAAAUGAUGGUAGUGAUAUUGACAAUGAAGAAGGCAGUGCAGCUGAGAAUGAAGAAAAUGUCAAAGGAACAGGGGGGAAGAGAGCAACACCGAGAACCAGAAGGGGACAUGCAAGAGGGAGAGCCAGGCGGGGUGGUGAGGAGGAUGAGGAUGACGAAGAUGGGACAAGGAGAGCUGGGCAUCGCAGGCACAGAAACCGUAGAGGACGGGGACGAGCAGCUGGAAAGGAGGGCAGUGAUUCUGAUGGGGACCCUGCAAAAGCCAGGAAGAAUGAGGCAAAUCACAAAUCCAAGGAAGGUGAUGAAGAAGAAGAUGAGAAAGGAGGUAAAAGUGGUAAAGGCAAAAAUGAGAAGAAACAGGACAAAAAGCCUGAUAAGAAAGGAAAAAAAGAGAAGGCCAACAAGAAGAAAAAAGACAAAAAGAAAUCAGGAUCUGGCUCUGAUUCUGACUCUGAGGAGGAGCCAAUUACAGAGGAGGAAUUAGCCAAGCUGAAAGAAGAAGUAGAAGAAAAAAAGAAACUAAUCGCCACGCUACGAAACAAGCCAUGGAAGAUGAAAAAGAAGUUGUCUGUCCUGAAGGAAGCCCAGCUUUUUGUUGAAAAGUUUGAAGGUGCUCUUGGAAAAGGAAAAGGAAAAAAAUUCUAUGCAUACAAAGUGAUGAUGACCAAGAAAUGGAUGAAAUUUCAAAGAGAUUUUGAGAAUUUUAAGACAGCCUGCAUACCCUGGGAAAUGAAAAUUAAGGAGAUUGAAAGUCACUUUGGCUCAUCAGUAGCAUCUUAUUUCAUAUUCUUGCGCUGGAUGUAUGGGAUAAACAUGAUUCUCUUUGGACUGACUUUUGGACUUGUAAUGGUGCCCGAGGCUUUGAUGGGAAAGCCAUAUGGCUCUUUACCUAGAAAAACUGUCCCAAGAGCUGAAGAAGCAAGUGCUAUGAACUUCGCUACUCUCUGGGAUUUUAGUGGCUUUGCACAGUAUUCUGUACUCUUUUAUGGUUAUUACAAUAACCAGAGGACAAUUGGAUGGCUCAAGUUCAGGAUGCCUCUUUCAUAUUUCCUUGUCGGAGUUGGGACUAUUGGCUACAGCUUUAUGAUUGUCAUUCGAACAAUGGCAAGGAAUGCAAAUGAAGAAGGUGGUGGGGAUGAUACUAGUUUUAAUUUCAGCUGGAAAAUGUUCACAAGCUGGGACUACCUGAUUGGCAAUCCUGAGACAGCAGAUAAUAAGUUUGCCUCCAUCACAACAAGCUUUAAGGAAGCUAUCGUGGAGGAGCAGGAGAGCCGAAAAGAGGAAAAUAUUCACUUGACUCGAUUCCUGAGGGUUCUUGCUAACUUCUUAGCCCUAUGCACACUUGCUGGAAGUGGCUACCUUAUCUUUUUUGUUGUCAGAAGAUCCCAGAAAUUUGCCCUGGAAGGUCUGGAGAACUACGGGUGGUGGGAAAGAAAUGAAGUGAACAUGGUUAUGUCACUUUUAGGAAUGUUCUGUCCAACUUUAUUUGAUGUAAUCAGUUCUCUGGAAAACUACCACCCUCGAAUAGCUCUAAGAUGGCAGCUGGGACGAAUCUUUGCUCUUUUUCUUGGCAAUCUCUACACUUUCAUUAUUGCCCUAAUGGAUGAAAUCAAUCUCAAGUUGGAAGAAGAAAAGAUAGUCAAGUAUAACAUGUCAAUAUGGGAAGCCAAUCUGUACAAUGGUACUAUUCCAGAAAAUUCGACUGCUCCUCCAAUACAGGUAGACCCUGCAGAUGUCCCCAGAGGGCCAUGCUGGGAAACAAUGGUAGGACAGGAAUUUGUGCGGCUGACAGUCUCUGACACGAUGACAACAUACAUCACAAUUCUAAUUGGCGAUUUCUUGAGAGCUGUCUUUGUUAGGUUUUUCAAUUACUGCUGGUGCUGGGACUUGGAGUAUGGAUUUCCAUCAUAUUCUGAGUUUGAUAUAAGUGGAAAUGUGCUGGGACUGAUCUUUAACCAAGGCAUGAUCUGGAUGGGAUCUUUUUAUGCUCCAUGUCUCCCAGCAAUCAACGUGUUCCGCCUCCACACUUCGAUGUACUUGCAGUGCUGGGCAGUGAUGUGCUGCAACGUCCCCCAAGAGAGGGUCUUCAAAGCUUCCAGAUCCAAUAACUUCUACAUGGCCAUGCUGCUUUUCAUCCUCUUUCUCUCUACACUGCCUGCUGUUUACACCAUUGUUUCCAUCCCACCAUCUUUUGACUGUGGUCCUUUCAGUGGGAAGACUAGAAUGUUUGAAGUCAUAUCAGAAACUCUGGAGCAUGACUUCCCUUCCUGGUUCGGGAAGGUAUUUGGUUAUGCCUCUAACCCUGGACUCAUCCUACCUUUUAUAUUGCUGAUGGUCUUGAGUAUUUAUUAUCUCAACGCUACAUCCAAAUCCUACAAGGAAGCUAACUUGGAACUUAAAAAGAAGCUACAAAGUCAAGCAGAAGAAAAUAAAAGAAGAAAUAAACAAAAGGCACAAAAGUCAAAUGAACAGGAGGAAAAUCCAUUUGAGACAGAACCACCGCAACCAAAGCAAAAAGGAGGCGAGCAAGAUGAACCCACUCCAAACCAAGACAACAAGAAAGGACAGGGUGGCAAUGAGGCGAAGAAGACAGGCCAGCCACAAGAAGCCAGCUCCUCUCAGGCACUCCAGCAUCCAGGCCCUGCCCCGAACAGCCACUAUCCCCCCCAGAGCAGAGGAGGAACUCUUCCUCCCCCAUCCAUAGCUGUGACAAGGCCACCGGGGCCCAGGGGGUAUGGAAUGAUGGGCUAUCCACCCGGAAACCCACGUUUCCCAGGGGCACAACCAGGAUUGCCCAGGGGCUCUGCCAACUACAGAUAAGGAGCCUCAAGUACAUUCUGAUAUGAUGAAGGAUGCUGAGGGACAGAAGAGUCAUCCUAAACCCAAACACACUCCUGCAAGUGCAGAACCCUGCUGUGUUUAUUGUAAAUCUUCAUGUGCAUAGAAGUUACCCAUGAGCUUCAGUUUUUGCAGGAUGGGAGGCUUCAGAAGAAAACAUUGCAUAUAUCUUCUUGCAUUUGAAGGCAUUGCAAAAAUGUGUUAUCUGUGUCAAUAGGUUACUAAACUUAGGGAUAUUUAUUGAAGAUAUUUAUUAGAAGAAUGAAAAACAUUUUGUAUUCAGUUGAUUAUUUUCUUAAAAGCCUGAAAGUGUGUCCCUAACAUCUUUUCCUUUUUCUUAGAAGCACAGUUCACUGAAAACAUAGCUUCCUACAAAGUGUGUGAGAGCCAGUUAUAUUUAAACAUUGCAUACAGCUUGUCUUCUGCAGGUCAGAUAUGCUUACACAAAGAUUUCAGAUUUUACAUGGGAAAACUAUGAUCUUUCCAAAAGCUGGAUGAUCACCUCUGAAGUCUUUGAGAAAGUGUUAAAAAGGUAAAAGAAAACCAAUAUUCUGUCUGUUGCUAUGAAGAAAAUUUAACUCCUAUUACAGUACCAUUUUCAGCUAAUAAUAGUUUUAUCACAUUCUGAAAGACUAAAAAUAAAUUUAAAAAAUCAAAGUGGUGAAGAAAUCUCUCCUGUGCAGAAAAACGUAUUUGAGGAUUAGAGGUAAGACAGUUAUGCAAUAAUCUCCCCCAAGUACUCUGCAGGAUUGUGUUAUAGCACAGAGACUCUUAUUAUUGCAUAAGAUUAUGUGCUGUAUAAUCUACUCUGGGAAUUUAUCGUUGUAUACUUGCAUUGACCUCUAUGGAGUCCAUGUUGCAAAAGGUCCUUAGUCUGAUAGGUCUUGUGGAAACACAGGAUAGCUGCGAGCCCAUGCACAAGCUGAUGUUACUUUUUCCAAUUAGAUAGGUUUAUUUUUAUGUUCUGAUUUUAUUUCCUUGUCCAGAAUUUGGGCCUUGAUAGUUAUUUUUAAGACUCACAAGAUUAAUAACAACAAAAUUAGUCAACUGACUCUUUUCUAAAAAAUAAAUGUAAUUCCAUUGGGAGCCUUCUGUAAAAUAGAGGUCCGUUUUGUACAGUGAAAAAACUUUAACCAUAUCUCAGUAUAAAACCAGUCUGUGACAUCACAAAACAACCUCCAUGUAACUAAAUUGUGGAACUUACUGAAAAAGGCUUACAAAAAAUCCCCAGUAUAUACUAUGUAUCCCCAUAAAACACAAUGACUCAGAUGCAAUUUCCAGCUCCAGCAGUCUUUAACAAUUGCCAGAACCUGGAUGGGUAAAGCAAGGGAAAGCCCACUUUAUACUUGACUUUGUACUGCUUCCACAAGCAUCUGCUAUCAGCUGGAGAGAAGAUAUUAGAUCAAUCAGACCUUCAGUGGGCACCAGCAUGGCUGUUCUGCAUGUAAACACUAAGCACUGAUAACCAAGUCAAGAGAUAAGUGUAUUGCAACAACUACAAGGGAGGGCCUUUUCCAGCCGACAGACUGGAAAUUUCUUAUUACUGGGGGAGAGGACAAAUGAGUUAAGACUGGAUCCCAAGACAUGUCUGUAUCCGGGGUGCAGCGAGUCUUGCAUUUUAUGUUAGAGAAAGUACAGCUAAGUGCAGUGUAAGUUGUUUCAUCUUUCUCAGAUAAGAUUUCUAAUCUAUGGACUUCAGACGUGGAAAAAGUACAGUAAUUCAAACUGUCCAUUAAUCUGAAAUCUUCUUCUAACAUGAUUAUUUUAUAAACUGCAUAUGUUUUUAGCCCAGAAACAUAAGAUUGUCAGUAGUCUUACUGAAGUUAAGCAUGGGCCCCAGUGCUCUAGCGUGUCCAUGUUUUUAAGGUAAACUUUUUCUAGAAGCUGUGAUUGAUCUGUCAUGAGACACUGAUUUGCACAGAGGUUUUAGCUCACUGUUUGUUAAUAUUUCAUAAUAACAAAAAAUGUAUAUUCCUUAGGAAAAGGAAUAUUGUUUAUAGAAGUGAAGAAACUGAUUUUAAAGAUGCUUUGUGGCUUGGUGAUCCAUCUGAGUUUUUCAAGGGGUGUUGGAAUAAAUUAGAGUUGUAAACUGGUUUUGAUGCAGUCUGGUUCCCUGAAAUGUAGAGGGAAGUUUAUGCUAUGUACACGGAUCUUAAUAAGGAUUCCUUGUUCUGUUAGGAGUGAAAAUUUUCUGUGCGUAUUAAAGGCUUUGUCAUUAUUAGCAAGAUUAGUAUUUCAUUCUGUGGGAUUGCUUUACAUCAUGCAUGGGAGAAUGACACAGUAAGGAAUCCACCAGGUGAAAUUAUUCUG